CCCUGCCAGGGCCAUGUCAGAGCGCGAGGAGCGGCGGUUUGUGGAGAUCCCGCGGGAGUCGGUGCGGCUCAUGGCUGAGAGCACAGGCUUGGAGCUGAGCGAUGAGGUGGCAGCGCUGCUGGCUGAGGAUGUGUGCUACAGGCUCCGAGAGGCCACUCAGAACAGCUCUCAGUUCAUGAAGCACACCAAGCGGCGGAAGCUGACUGUGGAGGACUUCAACAGGGCCCUGCGCUGGAGCAGUGUGGAGGCCGUGUGUGGCUAUGGGUCCCAGGAGGCCCUGCCCCUGCGCUGCACCAGGGAGGGUGAGCUCUACUUCCCUGAGGACCGAGAGGUGAACCUGGUGGAGCUGGCCCUAGCCACCAACAUCCCUAAGGGCUGCGCGGAGACGGCUGUCAGAGUUCAUGUCUCCUAUCUGGAUGGUAAAGGGAACCUGGCACCCCAAGGCUCAGUGCCCAGUGCAGUGUCUUCGCUGACUGAUGACCUGCUCAAGUACUAUCAGCAGGUGACGCGGGCUGUGCUUGGGGAUGACCCACAGCUGAUGAAGGUUGCUCUCCAGGACCUGCAGACAAACUCCAAGAUCGCAGCUCUGCUGCCUUACUUUGUGUAUGUGGUCAGUGGGGUGAAAUCUGUGAGCCAUGACCUCGAGCAGCUGCACCGGCUGCUGCAGGUGGCCCGGAGCCUGGUUCGAAACCCACACCUCUGCCUUGGGCCUUACGUGCGCUCCUUGGUGGGCAGUGUCCUCUACUGCGUCCUGGAGCCCCUGGCUGCCUCUAUCAACCCCCUGAAUGACCACUGGACCCUGCGGGAUGGGGCCGCACUCCUCCUCAGCCACAUCUUCUGGACUCAUGGAGACCUGGUCAGUGGCCUCUACCAGCAGAUCCUGCUGUCCCUGCAGAAGGUGCUGGCGGACCCCGUGCGGCCUCUUUGCUCUCACUACGGCGCUGUGGUGGGACUCCAUGCUCUUGGCUGGAAGGCCGUGGAGCUCGUCCUGUACCCGCACCUGUCCACCUACUGGACCAACCUGCAGGCCGUGCUGGACGACUACUCCGUGUCCAACGCGCAGGUCAAGGCCGAUGGGCACAAGGUGUACGGCGCCGUGCUGCGCCUCUUCCAGACCGCCUUCCCCGCGCCGCGCGGGCCCAGCCCUGCGUCGCGCUACGUGCAGAAGCUGCCCAUGAUCGGCCGCACCAGCCGCCCCGCGCGCCGCUGGGCCCUCUCGGACUACUCGCUGUACCUGCCGCUCUGAGGCGGGGCCGUCUCCGCGGCCGGAAGGGACGUGCCGUGCCCGCUGCGCUCCGGAAGUGACGCCAGGCCGCGCCGGAAGUGCGAGCGUUCUCCCCGGCGCUGGUUUCUGGUGCUUGGGCGCCAUGGCGCUGCGGUGUUUGCAACGUGUAGAGCUCCUGCUACUAGCUGCGGCCUUUCUGUGCGGGGCCGUGGCGGCGGCGGCGCUCACCUGGACCCAGGUUUGACGUCCCCAGAAUGCCCUUUCCUCAGCCUUGCAGCCUCAGAACCAGGAACUAAAAGUGCACUGCCUUAGCUGAGUAUGGAUCUGGCUUAGAUGACCGCCUAACACUUGCCAGGAACCCGCAUCCCUAGGCAGUAACCUGAAACUGAAGACUCAGCGGCUUCUCUC